GCCGGGACCCACGGGAUGACGUAAGUGACCCGAAUCGCACAGAGGGUGUCGCUCGCGAUCAUUGCAGCACUCGUUCGAUCAAACUUGAGACACAACGGCCUUCAGAUAAUAGAUAUGCGUCGUUCAGCAGUUCAAAUCUUUCGUCAAGCGGCCGCUACCGCCGGUCCUAGCCGUCGAGCUGGGAUCGCCUGCAUGUCUACCGUUGCACGAACCCGAGCAUCUUCGAGUGUGCCCCGGUUGAACAACCUAUCCUUCUACUCCAGGCGCUUCGCCAGCACAGACUCCGCAGCGCCUUCAGUAGAAGACCCAACCGAGCAUACCGCCAUGGAAGCCAUGCAAGAGGGUAACAAGCGACUAGAAGAGGGAGACGUUCAGGGCGCCAGGGAUCAGUAUGCCAAGAGUGUCGAGAUCAAGCCUACCGCUUCGGCUUGUUUCAAUUUGGGUGUAGCUGAAUACCACCUCCAAAACACUCCGGAAGCCAUCACAGCCUGGAAACAAGCCCUUACCAUCCAACCCGACAGUCCGGAUUCGCACAUGAACUUGGCAUCGGCCUAUAUCCUAUCAAGUCCGCCUGAACCGGGUGCGGCUAUUAGGCAUCUCAAGCAAGCUUUGGAGUUGGCACCUGAUGAUCCUGAGAUUGCUUUCAACCUCGCCGCCGUUCUCGAGUCCACUGGAAACCUUCGUCCUGCCUUGAAGUUGUACGAAAAGUCCGUCACGCUAGGGAUCGAGAGGGCCGAGCAGAACGUCCGGAACGUAUCUGCCAAGAUUCUAGCUGAAGAAGCACAGAAGACGGGGGAGAAGUCUGAGUAGACCUAGCGGUUUGGUCGCCUUCCGUCUCAUAGCAUAGAAAUAAACGAUAAAAUCGAUGCACACCAUUCUUCCCAUCGGCUACCAUUUCGGCUGAAGGCUUCAUGGGAUCUAUCGGCAUAUGGCUGACAUGCUUCAUAGCAUUGCUGCCGACCGUGUCUUGGUGGUCAACAUGAGCAACGGUCUAAACCUAGAUCUGACGAGUCUUCACGAUACAACUGUGGUCUACGUGGAGGAAGGGUUAUUAGUGACUCUGAUUAAUCUGAACAUCGAAAUGCUAUCAAACCAACUUACUUUAUACAACUCUAGCAACG